AUGCCGCGCCGCAUCCUGAUCGUUGGCGGUGGAAUCGCCGGUCUCACGGCCAGCAUCGCUCUGGCUAAAGAGCUCUCAGAAGUCGAACCGGAUCUAGACAUCGCCGUCUAUGACAGUCGGACGGAACAUUCGAUGGGGGAUGGAGGGGCGAUCAGUCUCACUCCGAUUGCUCAGCACUACUUGGAUCAGCUAGGCGUGCUGCACGAACUCACUCGGAUGGGAGAAGACGCUGGGAUUGAAGUGGACGAAAUCAAAAUCUAUUCCCUACGCUCAGGGCGAUCAUUGGGUCCCUUGCGGUUUGCUGACGAGGCCGGACGUGGUUAUGGGGCCUAUACAAGCCGCCGAGUGCUGCGCAGCGCCCUCUUUCGCGCCAUGCUGGCCGUGGCGCGCCAGUACGCGCAAAUCUCGGUCGCAUUUAACAAGAAAUUAUCCAGCGCCAGUACCACUGAACACGCAGUGACACUUCAAUUCGAAGAUGGGACGACAGCCACGGGUGAUCUAGUACUAGGAUGUGAUGGCGUCCACUCUGUGGUCCGCACGCAGCUGGUCGAUCCCGGCAACCAGUCUGAAUAUUCCGGCAUUUCCUUCAUUCAGAGCCUGGCUCCGAGCGACCGGGUAGCAUUACCAUCUCAUUUCGACCAAACAGCCAUUCAUUUGACUCGGCAAGGAUCGCUGUUGGCAAGCUACUGCCACCCGAGUCAUCGGACCAUGUUUGUCGCCGCGAUCAUGCGGGUGAAUGAACACAUUAUCGAGCGAUACCGCGCGAUAGCCUGUGCCGAUACAGCGGCACUCAAGUCCGCGCAGAUGGCCCUUCGUUAUCAGGUGCGUAGUAAAUUCGGCGCCUCGGCUUUUCCGUGGAUUCGGGAGUGGAUUGAGCAGACGCAUGAUUGGGAGUUGUAUCCCAUCUAUCAGGUGCAUCAACGGGGGAAAUGGCAUAUCGACCGCGUUCUGCUGCUCGGGGAUGCCGCACACGCAAUGCCACCGCGCGAGGAAUCCGCCGCGUACGCCAUCGAAGAUGCGGUCAUCUUCGCGCAGAUCUUCGCCUGUGGGCGUGAUUGUGCGCUCCGUGAUCUGUUUCGAGAAUAUGAGAAUGCCCGGCGAGAGCUGGUCGAUAAAGCGUUUGAUGCCACCCGCAGGCUGUGGCAGAGCGACCUGGACAGAGGACUUUUUCCCGGUCAUUUUCGCGACUGUAUGUCGUCUAUCCAGCUGGCACCGGCUCCUUCGCUGGCCAAUUCGCCCGCGGACCCGAUGAGAAAACGAAUCUUCCCGCCGCCGACGCACGAAAGCAUGUCCGAUCUAUCUGUGUAUACAUUGACAAGCGAACUAGAGGGGGCGCUUGAUGCGGAUGAGGGCAGGACAAAAGCCCCUUUGUGA